AUGAACACUAUUUCUUGCUCAAAGGUCUUCCUUGUGCUGCUUGUAACUCUCUUCCCAACCCAAAUUCUUGCUCAAAAUGCGAUCUUAGCGGUUUGUGAUAAGACUCUGUAUAAGGAAUUGUGCAUAAGUACUCUUCAAUCGGACCCGGCGAGUGAGUCGGCCACUAGUUUUGAAGACGCAGCCACAAUUAUACUAAAGAAUGCAACAUCUACAGCAACCCAAAUAAGUGACCAACUCACAAAAAUGAUCCAACAAGGAUCAUCACAAUGGUCGGGCGGCGAUCUAACUGCCUUGGCAAAUUGCAAAAAGUACUACCAAGAUGCAAUUGGAAAACUUGCGGAUUCGAGCAAAGCCCUGGCAUCUAGGAUGUACAAUGAUGUUAAGAAAGGAAUGUUGUCUGCCAUGGGUGCCGGUCCCUUAUGUGACGAUGACUUCGAGGCAUAUGGAAGUACCGGCACGUCUCCACUAGGCAAUCAGGGUGACACAUAUAACUCGAUUUGCGCCCUUGUCUACGAAUUGUGCAUGGCGAUAGCUAGCUAG